AUGGUUGAGAAUUAAUGGUGUCUAGCUAAACUCUAAACCAAGGACUACGGUCUUUAUUUUCGAUGCUGCGAUCUAGAUCUACAAAACACAUCAUCUUCAUUCAUCAUCCAGAUGAACCCCAAGUUCAAAUGUAUAUGCAGUGGGAUCAUAUCAAUAAUAAUGCAUUGAAAGCAGGGGCGUAGCCAAGACAAAGGCUACUUGGGCUACAGCCCAAGGGAAAAUUUGGCCCAAAAUCGAUCAAGUAUGGGUAUAGCCCAAAAAAAAAAAAAAAAAAUAUACUUCUGCAGUUCUGCUUGGUCGAUUCUCAGUUUUUCCCCUUCUCCGGUUUCUCCCCCAUUUGCUUCCCCCUUCCAGAGUUCCAGAGUUCCAGCCUCCAGGUUCGAUUUGCUAGUUCCGGCAGUCCGCCGAGCCACGGCCACCUCCACGGCUCCACCGCUCGUCCGCUCCACGCCUGUGCCGCUGUGCGACUCCUUCAGUCCUUCUGUCCUUCAAGGCUUCAAUCCGACUGUGCGACUCCGUCUGUCGACUCUCAGGCUCUCAGAGUCUCAGCUCUCCUCUCCCAGUCUCCGAUUCUCCCCCGUGGGCCGUCAGCCGUGGGCUGUCAGAUGAUGUAGGUGAGUAGCAGAGUAGGUCGACUCUCAGGCCGUCAGGCGUCUCAUCUGUCCUCUUCUUCGGUUCUCCCCCGUGUGCCGUGGGCUGUGGUGCAGUGGCACUGUCCCCAUUUGCUUCCCCCUUCCAGCCUUUAAGAGUUCCAAAUCCCAGGUAUUGGAUUUUUGUUGAUUGAUUAUCAUUGCUGUCUGCUGAUGGGUUGUGGUUGAUAAUUGUAGUGGGAAUGGGUUGUUAUGUUGUUGAAUGUUUGAUAAUUGAUUGUCAUUGCUGAUGGGUAAUUCAUUGUGUUAAUUGUUAUAUUGAAAUGUAUGUAUAUAUAUUAUAGGUAUUGCCGUAUUGAAUAAAAAUGACGGAUCGCCGAAAACCCAAGCGUUACAAAAAUAUUCUUUCAUGGUUUACAAGUGACACUCCAUCAAGUGGUACUGGGAAUGAAAUUGGGAGUGGGAGUAGGAGUAGAAAUGUGACUGAGAAUUAUGUGAAUGAUGUUCCUAUAAACACUGCUCCACCUAGUCCACUAGAAGAGUGUCGUGAUGAAAGAAUUGAGAUAGAACAAAAUGUUGAUGUUAGUUCUCUUGAGCGAUAUCAGAGAAGAAGAAAUUGCAGAGUUAGUGGCUGCUGGUACACUUGGUACAGGAACAGGGGCUAAUCAGGCUUGCACUUUGCAACGAGCAGGGGCUACUCGUUGGGGUUCACAUCUUCGAUCUAUAUCAAGUUUGAUUAAAUUAUUUGGAGCCACCCGAACAACUCUGGUACACUUGGUUGCAAACGGACCAAAUAAAGUACAAGGAGAAGCAAAGAGUGUAGGUAAGGCUAUGGAGCGUUUUGAUUUUGUGUUUUGCUUGCUUUUGAUGCAUGAUGUCAUGAAGAUUACUGACUUUCUUUGUCAGUCAUUGCAAAAAAAAGCCAUAGACAUUUUGAAUGCUCUAAACUUUCUUUCAAUAACAAAAUCAAAACUCCAAGAUAUGAGAGAAGAUGGUUGGGAUAAUUUGGUUAUGAGGGUUGCAUCAUUUUGUUGUGAGUAUGAUAUUAUUAUGCCGGAUAUGUCUUCUCCUUACAAGAAAGGUAUAAGGGCUUCUGAACAAAAUAUUACAAAUGAGCAUUAUUAUCGGGUCAAUAUACUUAAUGCUGUAAUAGAUUUUCAAUUGGCAGAGUUGGAUAGUAGAUUUCAAGAUAAUUCGUUGGAGCUUCUUGUUCUUAGUGCUACAUUUGAUUCUCGUGAUAAUUUUGUUUCAUUCAAAUCUGAAGAUGUUUGCAAUCUUGCUUUGAAGUUUUAUUCUCAAGAUUUUACAUCAUCUGAUAUGCAUGCUCUAGACAUGGAGUGUGGGUAUUUUCUAACAGAUAUUCAAAGGGAUGCAAGAUUUUCCAACACAAAUUCUGUGUCUGAUUUGUGUCGGAGGUUAGUUGAAUCAAGAAAGUCUGCAUUCUUUCCAAUGAUUUACAGGUUGAUUUGCCUUGUUCUGACUCUGCCAGUUUCUACAGCAACAACAGAGAGAGCAUUUUCAUCUAUGAACAUCAUAAAAAACAGACUUCGAAAUAAGAUGGAAGAUGACUUUCUUGAUGAUUUGAUGGUUCUCUACAUUGAAAAAGACUUUGCCGAUAGUAUUGAUAAUGAUUCAGUAAUUACUGAAUUUGAAGUUAGUGGGCCUCGGAGGGUACGAUUCAGAUAGAUUUAUGUUUGUAAUUUUUAAUUUACGGGGUUUUGGUUUUAUGUCCCCCCCAUUGUAUGUUUUGAAUAAU